GCAAACCUAACACUAUCCUAAUGGAUAUUUGUUAACAACCGGUUUCAUGGACGGUACGGCAAAGAUCUGGGAUGUAGAAUUAGGACAGGAAAUUUACACACUCAAAGGAAACACAGCUGAAAUGGUCACAAAGAUUUGUGAUGUGAACACUGGAGAGGUAAUUCGUACUCUUUCAGGGCAUACAGCUGAGCUGUCAUGUACUCAGUUCGAUUUCACAGAGGAAUAUUUAGUAACUGGGUCUAUUGACCAGACAUGUAAGCUAUGGGAUGUUGGAACAGGAAAUUUCAUCGAGACUUUUAGGGGCCAUAAAGAAGAGGUCUUAGAUGCCUGCUUCAACUCAACUAGUAACAAAUUGGCAACUGCUCCUGGAGACGAGACUGCUAGGAUUUAUAAUGUAUUUACUAGGUCAUGUACUCAAAUCCUUCAUGGGCAUAAUCAAGAAAUAUCAAAAAUCUGCUUCAACCCGCAAGAAACCAAGAUUAUGCCUGCUAGUGGAGACCAGACAUGUAAGUUAUGAUCCGCAGAAUCAGGGGAAGAACUUCAGAUUUUAGAAGGACAUGAAGACGAAAUCUUCUCUUGAGCAUUUAAUUAUGAAGGAGAUACUAUUAUUACUGGAUCCAAAGAUAACACAUGUAGAAUCUGGAAGGACGAGCCAAGCCUUAUAAAGCAAGAGCAGCAAUAGAAG